AUGACAUCGACGGGGAAGGACGGCGGCGGGGCGCAGCACGCGCAGUAUGUGGGGCCCUACCGGCUGGAGAAGACGCUGGGCAAGGGGCAGACAGGCCUUGUGAAGCUGGGGAUUCACUGUGUCACGUGCCAGAAGGUGGCCAUCAAAAUCGUCAAUCGGGAGAAGCUCAGUGAGUCUGUGUUGAUGAAGGUGGAGCGGGAGAUCGCCAUCCUGAAGCUCAUCGAACACCCCCACGUCCUCAAGCUGCACGACGUGUAUGAAAACAAAAAACAUUUAUACCUGGUGCUAGAACAUGUGUCUGGUGGGGAGCUCUUUGACUACCUGGUCAAAAAGGGGAGGCUGACCCCCAAAGAGGCCCGCAAGUUUUUCCGGCAGAUCAUCUCAGCGCUGGAUUUCUGCCACAGCCACUCCAUCUGCCACAGGGAUCUGAAACCAGAAAAUCUCCUGCUGGACGAGAAGAACAACAUCCGGAUCGCGGACUUCGGCAUGGCGUCCCUGCAGGUGGGGGACAGCCUACUGGAGACCAGCUGCGGGUCCCCCCACUAUGCCUGCCCCGAGGUGAUCCGGGGAGAAAAGUACGACGGGCGCAAGGCGGACGUGUGGAGCUGCGGAGUGAUCCUGUUCGCGCUGCUGGUGGGGGCGCUGCCCUUCGACGAUGACAACCUGCGGCAGCUGCUGGAGAAGGUGAAGCGGGGAGUGUUCCACAUGCCGCACUUCAUCCCGCCCGACUGCCAGAGCCUGCUGCGUGGCAUGAUCGAAGUGGAUGCGGCGCGGCGCCUGACGCUAGAGCACAUUCAGAAACACAUAUGGUAUAUAGGGGGCAAGAACGAGCCUGAGCCGGAGCAGCCCAUCCCCCGAAAGGUGCAGAUCCGCUCCCUGCCCAGCCUGGAGGACAUUGACCCCGACGUGCUGGACAGCAUGCACUCGCUGGGCUGCUUCCGAGACCGCAACAAGCUGCUGCAGGACCUGCUGUCCGAGGAGGAGAACCAGGAGAAGAUGAUCUAUUUCCUCCUCCUGGACCGGAAAGAAAGGUACCCCAGCCACGAGGAUGAGGACCUGCCCCCCAGGAACGAAAUAGACCCUCCCCGGAAGCGCGUGGACUCCCCAAUGCUGAACCGGCACGGCAAGCGGCGGCCUGAACGCAAGUCCAUGGAGGUGCUCAGUGUGACAGACGGCGGCUCUCCGGUGCCUGCUCGGCGGGCCAUCGAGAUGGCCCAGCACAGCCAGAGGUCCCGAUCCAUCAGCGGCGCUUCCUCAGGCCUCUCCACCAGCCCACUCAGCAGCCCCCGGGUGACCCCUCACCCCUCUCCAAGGGGCAGUCCCCUCCCUACCCCCAAGGGGACGCCGGUGCACACGCCCAAGGAAAGCCCAGCCGGCACACCCAACCCCACACCGCCGUCCAGCCCCAGCGUCGGAGGGGUGCCCUGGAGGACAAGGCUCAACUCCAUCAAGAACAGCUUCCUAGGGUCACCUCGCUUCCACCGCCGGAAACUGCAGGUCCCGACGCCAGAGGAGAUGUCCAACCUGACCCCGGAGUCCUCCCCAGAGCUGGCCAAGAAGUCCUGGUUCGGGAACUUCAUCAGCCUCGAGAAGGAGGAGCAGAUCUUCCUGGUCAUCAAGGACAAGCCCCUGAGCUCCAUCAAAGCCGACAUCGUUCAUGCCUUCCUGUCGAUUCCCAGUCUCAGCCACAGCGUCAUCUCCCAGACCAGCUUCCGGGCCGAGUACAAGGCGACAGGGGGCCCGGCAGUGUUCCAGAAGCCCGUCAAGUUCCAGGUGGACAUCACCUACAGCGAGGGUGGAGCGGCACAGAAGGAGAACGGCAUCUACUCCGUCACAUUCACGCUUCUAUCAGGCCCGAGCCGCCGCUUCAAGAGGGUCGUGGAGACCAUUCAGACACAGCUACUGAGCACACACGACCAGCCCUCCACCCAGCACUUGUCAGACACCACUAACUGUGUGGAGAUGAUGACGGGGAGGCUUUCCAAGUGUGGCAGCCCAUUGAGUAACUUCUUUGACGUAAUUAAACAACUUUUUUCAGACGAGAAGAACGGGCAGGCGGCCCAGGCCCCCAGCACGCCCGCCAAGCGGAGUGCCCACAGUUCACUCGGUGACUCGGCGGCCGCUGGCCCUGGCCCUGGAGGGGAUGCCGAGUACCCAACGGGCAAGGACACGGCCAAGACGGGGCCACCCGCCGCCCGCCACGAGCAGCCUUAG